GGGCUGGGUGUGUGUCAGACUGACGCUCAGAAUUCGAGGGAGCUGCGAGAGAGAGGAGAUGAGGAGACCGGAGAGGACAACUAGUCAGGUCUGAUCCAUGAUCAACUCAGAUCAAGUUCUCACUGUAAUUAUUGAAAUCCCUGGUUUAAGUUGGUGUUUUCGAACACUUGAAGUGCACUUCAGGGACACAGAUCCAAACACAACUCAGCGGCUCCACGGAAGGAUCUUUUUUUUGCUGAUGAUGAGGAACAUUCUGCCUGCGUUUUCUAUGUUUGGAGGCUGAAGCGCCAGAGCAGAUGGGGAUGCACAUGUGGAUUUCGGUGUGAGCGUGCAGUGGCGAGGACAGCUGGAGUCUGAAGCUACAGUGGAUUUGAUGAGGCAGACAUGAGGAACGUAGACCAGAAUGGACCAAAGCACAUGGAGAGUCUGGUGUCGACCACUCUAUCCACCCUGAUGUUGGUUGUGCUUGGCCUGGUGGGUUCGAUUCACGGCUGCCCUGAAGUCUGUACCUGCUCUGGUAACGUCACUGACUGCUCCUCUGCUGGUCUCUUCUCUCUGGCUCCGGUCCUGCCACUGCUGAGCCAGGACACUGUGUCUCUCCGUCUCAGCACGAACAACCUCUCCUCCCUGAGCACCAUGGAGAUAUAUAACCUUAGCAGCCUGGAGGUGCUAGAUCUUUCCCAGAACAAAUUCUCCAUCCUCAGACCCGGUGUUUUUUCCGGCCUGACCGGCCUGCGUUGGCUCAACUUGUCCAGUAAUUACCUCGGGGGACUACCAGCUACCUCAGAAAGCAACAACAGCACUGACACCCUCCCUAGAUUGAAUGGAAGUCAGGUGGUCAUUGGUCUCAGCACUGAGGUUUUUAAAGGCUUGUGGCGGCUGCGAGGGCUGGACCUGUCUUCUAAUGGACUACAGUUGUUACCAAAGGGCCUCCUGGAUGGACUGCAGAGACUCACCUGGCUGUCGCUAGCAAGGAACCGCCUCAUAUUUCUGGACAGGGCAACUUUUGAGCCCUUGGUUGCUCUGCAGCAGCUUCAGCUGACUGGAAAUCCAUGGGAUUGCAAUUGCAGGCUGCGGGAGUUCAAGCACUGGAUGGAGUGGUUGAUUUACAGAGAAGGGGAGAUCGAUGACAUGCAAUGUAGCCUCCCGGGGAACCUGAUGGGCAGGGACAUCCGUAGUGUACCGGUGGAGAUGUUCAGCUACUGCGUACCACCUCCAAAGGAGGUCAUGAUAAGUCACGCCACCCGGCCUCCCUGCCCACCUGGUCGGAUCUUCAACACAGAGGACUGCAUCCGCCAGCGGUACCGACCUGUCAGUGUCCGCCGGGCGCACGGCACACAAAUAGUUGCAGGAGUGGUGUGUGGCACAGUUUGCGUUAUGAUGGUGGUGGCUGCGACAUACGGGUGCAUCUACGCCUCACUGAUGGCCCGGUACCAGAGGCAGAAGAGGAAACGUGGGCGACCACUAAUGGCCGAGUCUGGAGGCGAAACUGACAUGGAAGACGGACAGAUGACAUCGCCCGGCUCACCAGAAGAGACGCAGCCUAAGGAGCCCUGCGUUGUGCAUGGGUAUCGAAUCAGCAGCUUCUGAGCCGCUGAAUGGCCGUUUCUGUCUGGAGAAAGGACCCCUGCAGCUUCUGAAUGUAUUCAAGGUUCAACAUCCAGGAUUUAAUUGAGUGGUAGAAAACCCUGCAGCGCUUCUCAGUCUACGAAAACUCUGAAUUGUAACGCCCUGCUACACCUCUCUUCGCUCGCUUGUGAAAUACCCCACUCUGUUAUUUGUAUCCAACAAGCACAAACUCCAAAAGUACAACUAAGGUCAUCGACUGGCCUGCUGUUAUUAAUAGUUUUCAUUCUAAGUAAAUCCCUUAUUUGAUUCUUAGGUCCCCUUUACACAUGGCUUUACAAGACCAUUUCCUGUUUGCCAACUUUAUUUACAUGUGUCUUGAGUGAUCAGUUGUCUGUGGGGUCAUAGUCCUGACAUUCCCUUCUCUCCAUCUCCAGUUAACACAGAGAGACUAUAAAAGUGUUUGGAUGUCCGUUAAAUAAAUGUUUAGACGCUGUGUACAGAUUGUCUAUAUAGACACUCCCUCUGUCAAUGAUGUCACUUUCUGUUAAGACAAAGCAUCAUGGGAGCAAUAACGCACGCACGCACACACGCGCUCAUGUGGCAGAAAAAUGCAGUGACCAUUAGUAAAGGGGGUUGAUCUUUAGACUAUAGUCCCCAGUUAACCGACAAUCACGUAUAACAGGGUGAGCAGCACAUGGCGCUUGCCUAUACUGCCACCUGGUGGACAAACUGCACAAAUCUCUCAUUACGACAGUUCCCCAAGCCUGAAUCUGAAUACGAUGAACCUUCUCUGUUCGACGUAGUUAUGUUUCCAAUCAUUCAACUUGAGUUUGUGAUUUCUCUUGUUCCCAUUCUGUGUGUGAAGCAGAUUGCUGUGUUUUACUGAAGGUCUGUUCAAGAUGUGGAAGAAAAAUAAAAUAUAUUUAUUUAAACAACAUUUUUUAAAUAUGU